AUGGAUCAGUUGGGGUUGAGCUCCUGGAACACGCACUCCCACUGGACCGUCCCAUCGCCUACGCCGCCGCCGCUCUCGGCGUCCCUCAUGGCGUGCACCGUCGCGGCGCCCCUGCUGCCGCCGCCCGGGCGCGUGGCCCUCGUCGUGGCUCCGACAGCGGGCACCUUGGGAAUGGACCUAGUCCGCUUCGGCGCCUUGCAGUGCCUGAAGCUCGAACGGCCCACGUUGACGUGGCUAUCGGGCUGGCGGGUAACUACCGCUCUCCUUGGAUCUGAGGGGUGCAGGCAGGGACAAGACCAAGCGGAGGCGGCCGUUCGUGCGCUGAGCAGCCGUGUGAGCUGCAGGAGGAGGCGUCGGCUCGCCCUGCCACGCCCACGCCGCCACUGGGAGGAGCUCGAUCCCAACUGCACUGCAAGGACACCACCCACUCGGAGGCUGUCCAACUUGUUUCUCAAUAGCUCCUUCCUCAACAAUUCGUUCCGAGGCAAAACCCCUGAGGUCAUCUCCAAUCUCGUGAAGCUGCUUAUACGCCCGACGAAAAGUGACGAGCAGCAGCAGCAGCAGCAAUAACAUCAUGAAGAUAUCAGGAAGAGUUCGUUGUACCUCUUGCCGUCGAGGAAACCGCCGCUGCAACAGAUUCCCGAGGACCAGAAGCCAUCGAGGAAACUGUUGCUGCAGCUGGCUGUCAGGAAACUUUUUGCUCGCCGAA